AAAAAGGAAAGACGAAGAGGGAGGUGAGGCGAACCACCACACACACGGAAUCAAAGAACAGCCAAUGAAAACUUGAUAAAUGGCUUCACACAAUUGUUAAGAGCCGUUUGCUGAGUGCUCCAGAUAGGAAGGUUGAAGAACAAGAGACGAGUUAAAUUUCUAAAGGAAUCAUUUUUGACGGAUUCAGAGAUCUCAGAAAAGCCUAGAUUGAUCGAAUAUGAGUACUCAAGCGACGGGUCUGUCUUCAACAUCAGGGAGAAGAAGCACUUCUUCGAGUGUUCGCAGAGGACCACCACCUUCCAAAAAGCCAGUUCAAUCAGAGAACGGAAGCGUUAAUGGAACCACCUCAAAACCCAAUUCACCUCCCCCUCAACCUCAAUCUCAACCUCCUUCUAACGGAGAGAGAACUGUGAAGAAACUUCGUUUAUCGAAAGCUCUUACUAUUCCUGAAGGAACCACUGUUUUUGAUGCUUGUCGAAGGAUGGCUGCUCGUCGUGUUGAUGCUUGUUUGUUGACUGAUUCAAGUGCGCUUCUCUCCGGGAUUGUUACUGAUAAAGAUGUAGCUACAAGAGUGAUUGCUGAAGGGUUGAGACCGGAUCAAACUUUGGUCUCUAAGGUUAUGACCAGGAAUCCUAUUUUUGUCACUUCUGAUUCGUUGGCGCUUGAGGCUCUUCAGAAGAUGGUUCAAGGGAAAUUUAGGCACUUGCCUGUUGUAGAGAAUGGUGAAGUCAUUGCUUUGUUGGAUAUUACAAAGUGUCUAUAUGAUGCUAUUUCUAGGAUGGAGAAAGCUGCAGAGCAAGGCAGUGCUUUAGCAGCUGCAGUGGAAGGUGUAGAGAAGCAAUGGGGAAGCGGGUAUUCUGCGCCAUAUGCUUUCAUUGAAACCUUGAGGGAGAGAAUGUUUAAGCCCGCCUUGUCAACGAUCAUCACUGAUAAUUCAAAGGUUGCACUUGUAGCACCAUCAGAUCCUGUUUAUGUUGCUGCCAAAAAGAUGCGGGAUUUGCGGGUUAACUCUGUAAUCAUUUCCAUGGGGAACAAAAUCCAUGGAAUCUUGACUUCAAAAGACAUUCUGAUGCGAGUGGUGGCACAGAAUUUAUCUCCUGAACUGACUCUUGUCGAGAAGGUAAUGACACCGAAUCCAGAAUGUGCAUCGCUGGAGACAACGAUUCUGGAUGCGUUGCAUAUAAUGCAUGAUGGGAAGUUUCUACAUCUUCCUAUUAUUGAUAAAGACGGAUCCGCUGCAGCUUGUGUAGAUGUUCUUCAGAUUACUCACGCUGCUAUUUCAAUGGUCGAGAAUAGCUCUGGAGCUGUGAAUGAUAUGGCGAACACGAUGAUGCAGAAAUUCUGGGAUUCAGCUCUUGCUUUAGAGCCGCCUGAUGAUUCUGAUACUCAAAGCGAAAUGUCGGCAAUGAUGCAACAGUCAGAUAUCGGGAAGCUCAGUUCUUACCCAUCUCUAGGACUCGGGAACUCGUUUUCAUUCAAAUUCGAAGACCUUAAGGGCCGUGUACAUCGGUUUACUUCCGCAGCUGAAAACCUCGAAGAGCUGAUGGGUAUUGUGAUGCAAAGAAUUGGCAGCGACAACAACAAUGUGGAACAACGGCCUCAGAUUAUAUAUGAGGACGAUGAAGGUGAUAAGGUUUUGAUUACAUCGGAUAGCGAUUUGGUUGGUGCUGUUACUCUUGCUAGAUCUACAGGACAAAAGGUUUUGAGGCUGCAUCUGGACUUCACUGAGUCAACAAGGAGCUUGAGCUCAGAAACCACGCAACUCAAGAAAGCGGAUUCUCGAGAUAGAGGAAGUGGAUUGGUUUCAUGGCGUGGUGGUGUGGUGGUUACAGGAGCUGUUGCCCUAACAAGCGUAGCCGUAGUUGUUUACUUGAAACGUUCAAACAACUGAAUUUUGCUCAAGCAAACUGUUUGGGAGGCAAAAAAAAAGAAAACUCUUUUUGCUCUCUUUUGACAAGUUUUAUACACGUUGUCUCAUUUGUCUUUUGUGGUUUACAUUGUUUUGCUGAUGCAAAAAAACAAAAUUUAUUUCCCUAAGAUAUUUAAAGUAAUGGGAAACACUCUAUGAAGAAGAAUAUUACA